AUGUGCCAUCGAGUGACGGCGGCACCUCCAGCGGAGACGCACAGGACUUGCAGCAGCCAAGUGCACUGCAUGUGUCACCAAGCGAUGGCGGCACCUCCAGCGGAGAUGCACAGGGCUUGCAGCAGCCAAGUGCACUGCGUGUGUCACCAAGCGACGGCGGCACCUCCAGCGGAGACGCACAGGGCUUGCAGCAGCCAAGCACACUGCAUGUGCCACCGAGCGACGGCGGCACCUCCAGCAGAGACGCACAGGGCUUGCAGCAGCCAAGUGCACUGCGUGUGUCACCAAGCGACGGCGGCACCUCCAGCGGAGAUGCACAGGGCUUGCAGCAGCCAAGUGCACUGCGUGUGUCACCAAGCGACGGCGGCACCUCCAGCGGAGACGCACAGGGCUUGCAGCAGCCAAGCACACUGCAUGUGCCACCGAGCGACGGCGGCACCUCCAGCAGAGACGCACAGGGCUUGCAGCAGCCAAGUGCACUGCGUGUGUCACCAAGCGACGGCGGCACCUCCAGCGGAGAUGCACAGGGCUUGCAGCAGCCAAGUGCACUGCGUGUGUCACCAAGCGACGGCGGCACCUCCAGCGGAGACGCACAGGGCUUGCAGCAGCCAAGCACACUGCAUGUGCCACCGAGCGACGGCGGCACCUCCAGCAGAGACGCACAGGGCUUGCAGCAGCCAAGUGCACUGCGUGUGUCACCAAGCGACGGCGGCACCUCCAGCGGAGAUGCACAGGGCUUGCAGCAGCCAAGUGCACAGCGUGUGUCACCAAGCGACGGCGGCACCUCCAGCGGAAACGCACAGGGCUUGCAGCAGCCAAGCGCACUGCGCGUGUCACCAAGCGACGGCGGCACCUCCAGCGGAGACGCACAGACUUGUCACUCUUGUAUUGUUUGGUUAUUCUACAAAACCUCCGAAUUCCUUGCAGGGCUUGCAGCAGCCAAGUGCACUGCGUGUGUCACCCAGCGACGGCGGCACCUCCUGUGGAGACGCACAGGGCUUGCAGCAGCCAAGCGCACUGCGCGUGUCACCCAGCGACGGUGGCACCUCCAGCGGGGACGCACAGGGCUUGCAGCAGCCAAGCGCACUGCGCGUGUCACCGAGCGACGGCGGCACCUCCAGCGGAGACGCACAGGGCUUGCAGCAGCCAAGCGCACUGCGUGUGUCACCCAGCGACGGCGGCACCUCCUGUGGAGACGCACAGGGCUUGCAGCAGCUAAGCGCACUGCGCGUGUCACCCAGCGACGGCGGCACCUCCAGCGGGGACGCACAGGGGUGGUUUUAG